UAAUUUGGUCUAGCUCAUGUGCCCUAAGUCCCCAACUACGCCAUUCAUUGCUUGUGUUGGGAGCUGUUCUGUUUUCUUCUCCACUUCAAAUCAGCGUCUCAGUUUCAAAGCAAACAUCGACAACAACAAACUAGAAAGAAAGAAAGGAACACGAAACCUCAAAAAAGCAGAACACCAUGAAGUUUCGGUACGCGAUGGUGUGUUCUUCGAACCAGAACCGAAGCAUGGAGGCUCAUUUCCUGCUCAAGAGGCAGGGCUUCGACGUGUCCUCGUACGGCACCGGUGCCCACGUUAAGCUCCCUGGUCCUUCCCUCAGAGAACCCAAUGUCUACGACUUCGGAACCCCCUACAAGCACAUGAUCGAGGACCUCCGCAGAAAAGACCCCGAUCUCUACAAACGAAACGGAAUCUUUCCAAUGCUUAAAAGAAAUUCAACAGUCAAAUUAGCACCGCAACGGUGGCAAGAAAAUGCCGCUGAUGGUUCCUUUGAUGUGGUAGUUACAUUUGAAGAAAAAGUGUUUGAUAUGGUUAUUGAAGAUCUCCAUAAUAGAGAUCAUGCUUUAUUGAAAACUGUGCUGGUAAUCAACUUGGAGGUAAAAGAUAACCACGAUGAAGCAGCCGUGGGAGCAAGGCUUACUUUAGAUCUCUGUCGGGAGAUUGAAGCUGCUGAAUCAUGGGAAGAGUCAAUUGAUGAAAUUAUUGCUGGUUUUGAGAAUAAACAUCGGCGGAAGCUUUUGUACAGCAUCUCCUUCUACUAAAAUUACCCCAGUCUCCCAAGAAAAAUUAGUGACCCAUUUUUGUAAAUUUGACAUGUAGAUCUCGUUUGAAAACUAAUGUAUUGGAUGUUGUGCAUUAAAAUUUAGUAGGAUUAAACUACCAAACGAUAAAAUGAUUGUUGCCUACCUGUUUUAUCUGUUCAUUCGGCUAUCUGGCAUGGAUUUUUUUUUUUUUCUUUUUAGUAAAGUGAUCAAGAUGUGUGAUGAGUUUAUUGAUU